UUUUAUUUAAAUUGCACUAAAUUUGAGCUUAUAAUUCUCUCACUGCUCUCUUAUCUUUGCUAGUCACUCGUUUGCUCGACGAGACCCCAAUCCACAUGGUCGUCUACUCGGGCACCUUGGACUUGGUCGUUCCCACUCCCGCCACCAUCAACUGGAUCGAUCAGAUGCAAUGGGGCAGCAAGAAAUCGUAUGUGGAUGCCACUCGUCGACCUUUCCUUGUAGAUGGCUUUAUAGAGGGUUAUGAGAAACAGGGCGGAAACUUCAGUAUGUUCUGGGUCCUUCGAGCAGGGCAUCUGGUACAUCAGGAUAAUCCCGCGGCAAUGGCUUACAUUCUGCGUGAAAUUACGAACUUUGAAUGAUGUUAAUACU